UCAACCUUCAUCGACGUUACAAUUAUCAUACUAGAAAAUGACUGGACGCGGCAAGGGUGGAAAAGGACUUGGCAAAGGAGGAGCCAAGCGUCACCGAAAAGUGUUGCGUGACAACAUCCAGGGCAUCACUAAACCUGCAAUCCGUCGUUUGGCUCGUCGUGGUGGAGUUAAGAGAAUUUCCGGUCUCAUUUACGAAGAAACCAGAGGAGUGCUGAAGGUAUUUCUGGAAAACGUUAUUCGUGACGCCGUUACUUACACCGAACAUGCGAAGAGGAAGACUGUCACCGCCAUGGAUGUCGUUUACGCUCUGAAGCGGCAGGGACGUACUCUGUACGGAUUCGGGGGUUAAUUUAGUAUCAUCGACUCAGAACAAAAAACCGGCCCUUUUCAGGGCCACCAUAUAAAUUUAAAAGGUGUUUUAGAAUUGACUUUCUUGCCAGAAUGUGAAAGGUUGAAGUGAUGUGGUGGAGCGUUCAUCAAUCUGCGGGUGUUAAGCUUAAAUCAACGUAGGUCCUGCUGGUUACCGCUACUAAUCCAGUACCGACAAUAUUCUGCAUACAUUUUGGUGUGGUAGUUCCAGAUACGUCGUGCACUUCCGGAAUCGAGAGAAGAAAUUAAUGAAAACGCCUGAGUUGU